GACCAAAGAAAGAAUCUUAACGAAGAGAGGAACAUGAAGAAUUGCAGCUUAGAUCUCUGCCUAUCUCCGAUGACCUCUUCGCUUCAGUCUUGUCGUAGAGACUCUACGAUUAAUGAAUCUUCAGCGACAAGAUCUAAGGAGAUGAAUGCAUUCUAUAAUGGUAAACUACGAGAGUAUGAUCACGUAGAGAUCCAGAUAAGGGCAAUAAUAGAGAUGGCGAGCAAGGAGCGGGAAGUAACGGCGUUAGAGUUAGCGCCGGUGAGCUUGGGAUCGCCGUUAAGGUCUUCGUUGAAGAGAUCGGUGAAGAGGUUUUUGGAGAAGAGGAAGAACAAGAGAAGCAAAUUUGUUACACCUCACAUUUACACUUCCACAUCCACCUCUUCCUCUUCUUCCCACAGUUUCUACACCUGAUUUUAAUCUAUUUUUUGUUGGAUCGUUUUUUUCCCUUUAAUUAUCUACCAAAAACCAAAAAGUGAAUGUUUUUUUUUUUUUUAAUAU